UUUAUAGACCUCUACCGUCGUCCUCGUAUCACUCAUGGUGCCAACUUUUUUUUUUUUUGCCAGUUACUGCGCCUGGCACACAGUCACAACCGGUACUCCCUCACCACACAGUUUUCAUAUUUGAAAUUGCUCUACUUUUCAAAUGACUGGCCUCCAUUUGGCUGAGAUGGCCUAAAAAGAAUUUUCAUAAAGUAUCUAUAGAACGUGCACUUUUUAAAUUCCGACCUGUGAUUGGUCGCAGUUGUGGAUCUUAUUUAUAGCAUUUCAUCACAAAAAACAUCCCGCGAUCCCUUGAAAAAUGUUAAUUCAGGUCAGAUCUGAUUCAGUUAAUCUCAAUGAUGGAUAACAGCAGGCUUUCCACGACCCUAGGGUUAGAUCGGGGCAAAUUAUAUGUUUCUGAUUGGACCAAAGUGUCAGUUGGACUUCAGAAGGGCCGGAAUUCAUCAGUACUAUAAGGGCCGUAAGCGAUCAUUUGGCCCGCUGGAUGUAAACCCUGUAAUGUCUCGUGUAAAUACCCAACCAGUGUUGUAUAGUAACGAAGUAAAAAUACUUCGUUACUAUACUUAAGUAGUAUUUUUUUAUAUUUGUACUUUACUUUACUACUUCUAUUUCUGACGACUUUUACUUUUACUUCACUACAUUUUCCGAAAAAAAAAAUCAAUACUUUUACUCCAUUACAUUUAUCUGAGCAUCCUCGUUACUCGUUACAAAAUAAGAAGGAACGUGAUAGCCAAUGGACAAUCUUCGUUUUGUUGUAGUGGGACUAGUAGCCAAUGAUGCUGGAGAUACAGACCGCAAGACGUUAUCAUUGGUUUACCCCGUUGUGCGGCGGAUGAAAUCAGCGGCCAGCGGGUACAUUUCAAAUUAAUGGUCGCAUUAUCAUGUCAGUAGUCUCAGACAAGUCGGGUCUCUAAUGUUAUUUGAAGAGAAGGAGGAAGACAGAGAAGCCUAAAAUGUCAGAGAUGGAGGUGACUGAAUCGGCGACUGAACCUGAACCUGCUGCUGAAACAACCAGCAUAGACGACAACGACGACGACGAUGACGAUGAACACCCGUGGCCAUACCUGCGGGGAAUGUUCAGCUACAUCGGAGUGAAAGAUUCCUCCUACCGGAUGAAAUGACUGCUGUGCCUUCCUAAAAACAGUGAGAUAUUGGCUUACAAAAACUCUCCAUCCAAUCUUAGGAAACACGUUGAGAGAAAACAUCCAAACCAACUUAAAAAAUAUGAAGAGCUGACAUCAGCAAAAAGAAAGAGGCCUGUAACUGAGACUCCCUCCACCAGCACCAACAGGCAGAUGACCACAUUUCUGACCACCACCUGUUCUGCUGUGUCCCAAAGGUCACUUGAUAAAGCUGUCUUGAAGUAUGUGGUCCAUGGACUCCAGCCCCUCUCUCUGGUUGAACAAGAACCAUUUAUAGAGUUUAUGAAGGAUCUGCUGCCUAAUGCCAGAGCAAAAAUUAUGACAAGAGUGACGCUGGGCUCCAGGAUGGACGAGGCCGCCAAGGAGAUGAAGACAGCGGUGACUGAGGCCAUGAGGGGAGUUGAGUAUAUCGCCACCACCGCUGACUGCUGGUCUGUCCGAAGACGAAGCUUCAUUGGUGUUACUGCCCACUGGAUCGACGCAGACACUCUCAAAAGAUGCUCGGUAGCCCUAGCCUGCAAACAGCUGAGAGGCUCGCACAAUUUCGAGUUGUUGGCAAAUGCCCUCAAUGAUAUCCAUUCUGAGUUUGGGAUUAGAGGAAAGAUCGUCAGAACAACAACAGACAACGGCUCUAAUUUUGUCAAAGCUUUCCAGGUUUUUGGUGAAGAUAACAGUGCAGUGGAAGCAGUUAGUGAUGGUGAUCGAUCUCAACCAAGAGAGGCUGAAGAGGAUGAAGAGGAGAGUGAAGAAGUGGUGUUUGUGGAUGUGUCAGGACUUCUGAGCGAAGAUGAUGGUUUGGAGUUCGAGCUGCCAAAGCACCAGCGCUGCGCUUGUCACCUAAUCAACCUCAUCGCUACAGUUGAUGCUGCAAAAGCAAUGUCCAACGAGCCAUACAAGAAAAUGCACCGUUCAACAUUUGGCAAGUGCAGUGCCCUCUGGAACAAAUCUUGCCGGUCGACACUUGGAGCUGAAACUGUUUCAGAUGUGUGCUCCCUCCAGCUGCUCAGCCCAAAUGUUACCAGGUGGAAUUCCUUCUUUCUGGCAGAGGAGAGACUACUAAGGAUCAUCAAAGACAAGGGAGAGGGGGCCAUCAGAGUAAUCUGCACAGAGUUCAAACUUCCAGUGUUCAAUCCAGCUGAACUUGCAUUUCUUGCAGAGUAUAACGCUGUCAUGAGCCCAGUUGCCCAGGCCACCAACAUCUUGCAGGCAGAAGAAAAUGUCCAGAUGGGGUGGCUACUACCCACAAGCAACCUGUUGACUGCUAAACUUGACCGAGUCAAGUUGACGGUGAAAUACUGCAGGCCUCUGGUGGAUGCUCUACAGGCGGGAUUGAAGACUCGUUUUGGCCACACGACACAAGACCCGGAGUUAAUUGCAGCCGCGAUUCUUCUCCCAAAAUUCAGAACUUCCUGGACGAAGGAUGAUGCCACCAUCGGAAUGGGAGUCGACUACAUCAGAGAACACCUUGAAGCACCUCCCCUGCAGUCUGAUGGUGGCAACCCAAGCUCUUCUGAUGAGGAAGACUUCUUUUCCUCACUGCAGUCACCUCACACAGACAGCUCCAAAGAACUGGAGGGAUAUUUGGCCUUCUCAUCAGAUAGAAUGGAAUCACUGAAGUCCUUCCCAUCCUUGUGCAAGCUGUCUCUGAAGCUAAACACACCUUUACCUGCCUCAGCAGCAUGUGAAAGGCUGUUUAGCAUUGCUGGUCUGGUCUUCAGCCCAAGAAGAGUGAGACUGAGUUCUCGCCAUUUUGAGAACCAACUUCUUUUGAGGUUGAACAAAAAGUUUCUCAGGGUUCAGUAAUGACUGGAUGGACAGUUCAAGUGCUGUCGCACUGAAGUCAUGUUAAAGUUCAACCAAUCAAGUUUUUGUUUGUUUGCAUCACCUUCGAGCACCAAGAGUUCAUUAGGAAUUAUUUUAUAUUGAAUGCAAGUGGGUAUGAACGUUGGUAGGCAUGCAUGCAUGCGGGUCUGUAAGGAUAUGUUUGUGUAUUUUUGUAUAUGGUUGGGUUUAUGUAAGGAGGCGUUGAAGCUCCUUUAUUCUGAGUGUUUAAGUGUCUUGUGACACUUUGCAAAUUAAACAAAACUUAAAAACUAAAUUAAACAGGAAUAAAGAAAAUGUUACAACUCAAAUUUCUGAUUGCAGUUUAUUAACAGCACUUUUUACUUUUGAUACUUAAGUACAGUAAAUACUAGCUACUUUUUUACUUUUACUCAAGUAAUAUUCUAGCAGGCAACUUUCACUUUUUCUUGAGUAAUUUUCCAGUAAGGUACUUUUACUUUUA